AUGGCAUCCUCUGAGGGAACCAAGGUACAUUUUGCGCCUGCGCGUAGCUCGUCGAUAUAGUUCAGCACAGCUUCGCGCAUGUGCCCAUAUACUGUGCUGCGCAGCUACUGAUCCUUUGUCCAGGUCACCAAGGACCCGCAAGCACUCAACAACCCCAAAAACGAAAACCCCGGCAUCGUGACCUCUGACUCGCUGGCCGGCGAGUCGAUCAAGGAGGGCGGCAGCUUCGCCGCCAACUCGGACGCACGAGGUCCCAUGGACCAGCCCUCAGCAGGCACCACUGCCAACACCACCGACACCUCGAACGCCACGCGGCUCGAGCCAGCCCCGGAUGCGGAGGCUCGCGCGGCUACGAGCGAAUGGAGCGAGAACGCGCAGCUCAAUGCGGGCAAGACUCUCGGCAAGGAAUCCGGCGUGGGACCAACAUACAACGCCGCCGUCGGCGACGCGAGCAACUCGUCCAGCGUUGCGGGUCCGGCUCCCGGCUACGCUUCUCAUCCGGCUCCAUCUAUGGGCGACACGUUCGCUCCCAAGGGCAAGAACAUCCAGGAAGGCGGCUUCGACUCCGGCGCACCAAACGCCAGCUUCACGACGGACAUCGGAGGCAAGAACGACCCAGGCCGUGUUGCUCUGGGCCGUAUGGUGAGUGUCUUUGAAAUGGACGUGACAGUCGCAACGAACGCUGACGGUUUGCAGGAGGAGAGCAACGUCCCAGUCUCAGGUGGAGCAGGCGCGCGGCAGCAGAACAUCACCGGUGACGGCCAGUUCGACAACCUCGACGAGGCCAGCGCUUAA